AGGUCACAUCUGGAUUCUCAUGAACUUCCUGACAGGAGCUUUAUAUACAACGAAGUCACGCUUCAGGCUGCAACUUUUCCAGUUCUACCAAACCAGAGGGUUAGCGUAUAAAUCUCUGUCAAUACGAUGGCAAACGAAGCCAGGCCCUGCCCCUGUGAAAUUGGAGACCGGAUGGAAUACGGAGGUCUGGGCCAGGAGCUCCAGAUUGAGCACAUUCAAGCGUAUGUGGUCAAACCAGCCACUGCCUCUGACAAGGCCGUCAUAGUCAUACAGGACAUCUUUGGAUGGCAACUCCCCAACACCAGAUACAUGGCUGACAUGCUGGCUGCCAAUGGAUACAUAGCUGUUUGUCCAGACUUCUACGUUGGGAAGGCGCCGUGGAGUCCAUCUGAUGACUGGUCCACAUUUCAGGCGUGGCUUGAGGACAAGAAGCCAACAAACAUAAACAAAGAGGUGGAUGCGGUGCUGAGGUACCUGAAGGAGCAGUGUGGGGCCAAUCACAUCGGAGUGGUGGGCUUUUGCUGGGGAGGGGCCGCCACACAUUACCUGGCCCUGCAGUACCCGGAGGUCAGAGCUGGAGUGUCGUGCUACGGGAUCGUCAAAGAGAGGGAGGACAGUUAUGAGCUGAAGUUCCCCACUCUGUUCAUUUUUGCAGAAAACGAUUACGUCAUUCCACUGGAUCAGGUAGGAGUCCUUGAAUCCAAGCUGAAGGAGAAAUGCACAGUGGAUCAUCAGGUGAAGAUCUUUCCUGGUCAGACUCAUGGGUUUGUUCACCGCAAGAGAGAGGACAUCAACCCCUCAGACAAACCCAGCAUCCAGGAGGCCAGAUCCGACAUGCUCAACUGGCUCAGCAAGUACAUGUAGAUGAGGUGGGGACCUGCACACUGGAUUCAGUUACUCGAAACAGAGGCUCGGAAGCAACUGGUGCCUUUAACCCCAUUUCUCGUCAUAGUUUACCAGCUUUCAUGGGAUAAAAAUAGGUAAUAUUAAAACGUGAUGGUGCCAUUUGGAGUGAGGGGAUUUAAAUUUGUUUGGCUUUUGUCAUUUCGGAUAUCCGUAUGUGAAGUCUGUAUCUUUAAAUACUAAUUCAUUAUUUUGAAAGGAUAUGUGAAUGAAAUUUGCCAAAAUAUGUGAUGUAUUUCUACCAGUUGGAAUGUAUGUCGUUGCACUAUCUUCACGUAAGUGUAUUCAAUCAUCUGUAGAUAUCUCCUUGUGAGCCAAAGUUUAGUAAUUUUGUUUUAUAAAAGAUGAUGUAAUCCUCAAAUAAAACAAGUUUUACCUUCAGCGGCUUGAAAACACAA